AUGUCUUCUCUAGUGGAGUGGCUCGAGAACGCUAGGAACACUAAUGAUAUAAAUUUAGUAAACUUUAUUGAAUUUAACGAACUUAAACGUGCCCCUCGUAGGAUCAAGUUGUCAAGACCUAAUGUUUUCAUGAAACGUAUGCCAGAGGUGGAAAUUGUUUUAUAUGAAUUGAACGAAUAUUAUGAUGUUAUGGUCGAAGAAGAGAUAAAAUUGUUCUCGUCAAUGUCUGCAGACCAAGGGGAUCUUGAUGAAUACCUGGAAAAAAUGAAUUUAGGUUGGAACGAAAAAAUUGAUUUGGCAAUCGGUUUGGUAAAUGCCCUAGAGUUUUUGCACAAUAAUAAUAUUGUUCACGCAUAUUUGAAUCCUAAAAAUAUUCUUUUCAAACAAGGCAUUCUAAAGCUUACAAAUUUUGGAAAACUAGAUAUAUUUAAGAUGGAUGCUUUUGAAAAUAUUCCUUAUAUAUCGCCCGAGGAAUUAAAGAAAAUUGACUUUAAUAAUGGCGAUGAUCGAUUUUCAAAGGCUAUUUCCAGCAUGUCUCUAGAGCCCGUUAUUGAGGAAAACGAUCUAAAAAGCUUGUCACGAGAUGAAGGAAAGGAAAUUUUAAAAGCAACUUUCGAAACCAAUGCUGACCUCCAAAUUUCUAAAAUCAAUGUUAAAAUACUCGAGCCUGACAUCGACGGGGCAACCUUAUAUGAACCAAGCUUGAUGGAACCUGCGCCGGGUUCUAAGGAGAUAGAUGAUAAAGAAAUAACAAAGCUCUUUUUACAACAGUGGAAUUUGCAUAAGGGAUUAUGUGUGAAAGGCGAUUCUUUGACUCAGGGAAAACAAAUACUCACUGAAGAUGGUAAGAUCUCCCACGCGGAAGCUUCAGAGAAAGUCAGUUUUUAUCAAUGCGAUAUUGAUACACCCUUUAGAGAAUUAAAAAAAUCUGGUAUUUCUUCAAUGAUGAAUAAGGAUCUAUAUGAGAUCAAUAUUCGAAUGCAUAUUCCGCUUCUCGAAAUAUCAUAUUCGGGAUCAAAUAUUAUGGAAGACUUUAUAAAAAUUCUCAAAAGGGCAUUAGAGAAAUCAGAUGUCGAUGAGGCUCGUAAGUCCGUUCGAGACAUUUUCGAUGAAUAUGGUGAUUAUAUUGCAAAAAAUGUGAUUGUUGGUGGCGCUCUCUCAAUCAAAAUAAACAACAUCAGAAACAGUCAGACGACUCUAAGUAACCUAGAUAUUUUAAGAACUCAUUUUUAUUGGGUCAAAGAACAUCUUCAAUAUGGAAAACCUAAUGUGUUUGACCAAGUGUCGCUUAAUCACAUUUCUGAAUUAGUAGACUCAAAUGAUAGGGCGGAAAUCAUUUCAACUGGACAAGAAUUGACACGAUGGAUGAAAGAUUUUUAUGAACACAAAAAAUCAUAUAUCAUUUCAUAUAAGGAAAUAGAUACUACAUUUUCUUUGUUAGAAAACGAUAUCAAGCAGCAAAUAAUCACACUCUUUGGGAUUCAACCUGAGAUCCCUCAUAUAGGUAUCAUUAUCCCGCACGUACUUAAUGCCGGCGAGUAUGAAAAUAUCGAACAGUGGACAGGAUAUUCUUAUUUUAAUAAUCUUAGUCAUUGGGUGGACGAGCUUUUAUUAUGCCAUGGUUUAAAAAUUGAACUAAUGAAAAUAGGAUUUGGUUCGGAUAAAAUUGUUGAAUUUAGAAAAUUACCAAAAUUCGAAUUGUUGAAUAACAAAUAUAUGUCUCUAAAAAAAUUAUCCACAAAGAAGGAGGAAUUCUUAAUCACUAACUGCAUUAAGGUGGGCAGUUAUGAUCUAGAAAAGUAUCCCUUCUUAGAUAAAAAAACACCCAAUGGAAUCUUUCAACCCUCAUUUGAUGAGACAACUUUUGUUAGCGAAAUUUAUUGCAAGAUAGUCACGGAAAAAGUAAAAUUAACUUUGAGGGAUGUUAAACCUUCAGAACUUCUUUUGGAUUCCGUUGAUAAAGCUCUUCUAAGUAAUUAUCCUUACAUGGAAUUAAAAAAGGUUUUUGACGAAUUUGGACACUUCUUACCUCAAUCUAUAAUUCUCGGCGGAGCAUUCUCACGACAAUGUAUUUAUGAUGAGGUUGAAAAGGAAUUUUCGGAUGAUGCUAAAAAGGAAUUUCCAGACGAAGUUAUCAAGUUUGAUGAAAAGGAAAUUAUUAUGCAGACACUUUCUGACUGGGGAGUGAAGUUCAAAAAUUUGGAUACGUCAUUCUUUCUAACUUCAAAAGGCGAAGCCGUAAGAAAAGAAGAGAUAUACUCUUGGAUGCAAAAAUUUGACUACUCCGAAGAAUACGCUGAUAAUGAGUUUAGUGAUUAUUUCCAAGAGUACACAGAUAGUGAGAUUAAUGAUCAUUCCAAAAAAUAUGUCAAGAUCAUAACAGUAGAGGAUUUGAUUCCUUUAUAUAAAAUUUUACCCGAAAAAAUGCGAAACGCGAUUGAUAAAAUAAUGGAAGAUAAGCAACAUAUUGUAAUGACCGGUACAACGCCGAUUUCCAACGAGAAUAAAACACAAAUCAAUAUCAAAUUUGUUCAACCUCUCCAUGAUUGCGAUUACGAAAUUUUUGGGAACCUAGUUUCUCAGGAUGGCAGUUUGAUCAUAAAUGAUGAGGUGAUGAUCCGAUUUGACUUGAAAAAUCAGUUUUGCUGCGUGGCAUUCAUUCACAAUCUUCCCACAGGGUCACGAAUCAAUUGGAUUGUUCUCGCAAAAGGACAUGGAUAUUUUAACAGGCACACUAGAGAUAUAAAGUUUAUUCGUGGGGAGAUACAGUUGUCACUUUCGGAGAAACCAAAUGAAGUCGACAUUCCAAUAGAUAGUGAUCUUUCAUGUAAAAGAAUUCUUACGAUCAAUUUUGAUUCAAAAUACUUAGAAGAAGAUGAAAUUAUUCUUUCAAAAGACUUUGAAGAAGUCUGUGAUGAUUUGAACUUAUCAAUGGCAAUUUAUUCCAUGGAAGAAAGAGAACAAGAGGAAUAUGCAAUCAGGGAAGAUAUUGAUAUUAUAGACAAGUCAAUUGGAGAACUUAAAGGCGACAUGAAAAGUGUAAUCAAAGAACUAAGUAUUUUAUCCUCUAAUAUGGAGAAAUUGUCAACACAGACAAGAAAAUCAAGGACUGGUAUUGAUGUUGGUUCUACGAACUCUACGAUUGAUUCUGCAGUUGACUUGUAUCGGGUUCUACGUAUCGAAUAUUCUGAUCUUAAAGAACCAAAAGAUAUGAAGGAUAACGUGAGAGGGGAAGACGCUGCAAAAGCUAAUAAUCUAUUUAAACAAGCUUAA